AUGUCUACCGGCCAUGUGAAUCCCCCACCUCUGCCUGCAGGUGUUCCCAUUGCAGACUCGUUCGGUGCCGUCGACCCAUCUGCCUUCUCAUCCAUCAACCCACUGUCCAGUGAUUUCCUGGGGUUUCCACUUUCAGAUAACGACCAUCUCUGGGGAAUGGGAUCCAUCUCACCCAACAUGGUGGCAGGUGCAUGGGACUCCAAGAUGGACUCGGCCGCCUUUGCGAAUGCCUCCCUGGAACGGGAUCUGAAGAAUGCCCAGGUGCGAAAUGGCCAACCGACCCCUCCUCCAUACCCAGAUCAGCGCUCGCAGCAUACGUCCAGCCCCGAAAUGGAACCCGCCAGCAAGCGCCGGCGGGCCAGAGAAUCCAGAGCGGCGGCUGCCAGCAUGAGUCCCGAUCUCGAUGACUUUCCACGAGACGGCAGCGAUAAGCGAGCCAAAUUUCUCGAGCGAAACCGGCUGGCGGCCAGCAAGUGCCGGCAAAAGAAGAAAGAGCACACGCAGCAACUGGAACAGCGGUACAAAGAGCAAUCGGAAAAGAAAGAGAUGCUCGUGGCUGAGAUUGCGCGACUUCGCUCGGAGAUUCUCAGCCUCAAGAAUGAGGUCCUCAAACACGCCCAAUGUGGGGACGAACCGAUCAAGUUGCACCUGGCCCAGAUGGUGAAGAAAAUCACCGACCACGAUGGGGCCUCCUCCAUGGGACUGGACAAGUCGAUGCAGCUCUCCCGGCAGGCCGAGACCUCUCCAAUAGACCAGAUGCCGACACCUACACCGACGGUGACGACGGUGACAACAGCACCAACAACCACAACAACCGUUGGAGGCACGACUGCGCCGUCCGCGGCCGUUCCCCUCGCGCUCUCCUUUGGGUUUGAUGACCCUUCACAUGUCGAGCCGGCUGCGGCGGUUGCUACCGAUGUCUUUGAGCAACAGUUUCGACGGGCCUCGGAAGCGACGAUGGUCUCCGAAGCAUCGUUUGCGUUUUCCGCGGACGAUAACUUUGACGAUUUGAUCAAUGUGUAG